GCAGCGGCAGCCGCGGCAGCUGCGAACAGCGGUUGCAAUGGUUCCCUCGGACACGCUGCACCUCCUCCUCCUCAUGCGCACGCCAAGAGCACGCCGACUGGGGCCACAUCUUGGGGUGCCCCAACGCCAGCCGUUUAUCGGCAGCAUCAACCGAGUACCAACACUCCGCUCGGUAGCUCGCCCGGUGCAAUCCUACAGCAGCAUCAACACCAGCAACAGCAGCAACAGCAACAGCAACAACAGCAGCAACAGCAAGACAUCUACGCCCAGGGUGAUAUGUACCGGCGAUCGACGGUAUUCGUUUCCCAGGCAGCCCCCUACCAGACGGCGUACAAUCGCGUAGUGCCACCACCGGCACACAAUGCAUCCAGCCGCCAGGUGCGCAAGACACCGCUCAGCACUAGCUCACCGUACGCAACGAAAGAUACGGCAACCGUCGAACGGUUCCCCUCGUUUCCGUUACAGGUGCUGCCGACGCAUCCACUGCCGGCACACAUUCAAUUUCCCACGGCGCAAUAUGGCCAGUUUGGUCCACUCAGUCCGGCCCAGAUUGCCAACAAGCACCACUAUACGUGGUUUGGCGAGUAAGGGAGUGCCAGGAUACAGGUACGGAGCAGGUGCUGAUACGAGUGAGCGAUCCAUUGGAGUUUCAAUUACAAUAGUUUUGUAUUUUUCUCGAGCCUAGGAGGUGCGCUCGUAGCGGGUUGUUGCUUUUUUUUUGUUGGUUUUGUCUUUUCAAGUUUUGGUUUCAAUCGAAACGGAGCGCGCUGACUCUUGAACAGUGUCAACAUCUCCGUUUCCCCAGGUUCAGGUUUCCCGUGAAGUUAUGCAGCCGGUCGCGUGAAAAUAACUUAGGAUAAGGAGCAAAAUUAGCAGAGCGAUAUAUCGAUGUAUCGGUGUCUAUUUGGUCUGUGUCCUUCAGCCAGAGAGCUUCUAUGUAUGAUAGCACGUGUAUACCGUGAAGCUAGUGUUAUCCGUCUACACCCACACCCACACCCACGUAGUAGUGUCUAAGCCAGUUGAUUAAGACAUAAAGGCAUUAACCUUUUUGGCUUUCUUUGAUGUGGAUAUGGUGAUUUGGUGUUGGAAUGUGUACCACUUGGUAUAGGCUUUAGGCACAUUCAGAAGAACAAAAGGCAGCAUUGAAGGAGUUGUUUAUCUUUAAAUUUUAUUUUUCUAAAAUUAUUUCAAAUGGGAAGGGGUGUCAGAGGGGCUCUUCGUGAAGAAGAUUGCAAAUGUACAUACACACAAAUGGACUGAUUGGUUAGGGGAUGGCAUUCUUAUUGUUCAAGCGAGUGAAGGAAUUGUAAGUCGAGUGAGAGCAGCAGGUUGGUGGGAAUAGUAGGAUUUAUUUCUUAUUUUGGUUUUUUUCUUCGUGCGAUUUAGAAUGCUAUUUGUGAUCGCUUAGUCGUUUUUCCUAUAUCUACGCUAUAGAAUGGAUUUUAUACAUUUCUUUUAAACAGAUUUUCUUUUUCAACUCCAUUUUGCGCAAUGAACAAUAUAUACACUAUAAACGCACGUAUGUGGUAUGAUAAUGCUUUCUGUUUUAGCCACAGUCGAGAUAACCAAUGAUAGCAAGCGCUCGUCCCGUUCGAGGAAACGUUUAUACAGAUUUUGGCAAAUUUCACAAUAGUGUUUGUACCUGGUUGUAAUGUUCAGCAGAAACUACAAAACAAUUAAAGCGUACGCACGCUGUAUGUAGAUGGCUUGGAAUAGCAUAUUUCACACAGCAGUUAAAGAUUCAUAAGAAGCUGUGUAAAGAUAUGCAUUGCAUUUAGGCUUUCUUUUUUCCUUUCCCCAUCUUGAGGUGAAUCAAGCCGUCUUGGAAUUCAGAAACACAUAUAAAAGAAUUUGGAAGAAAGCAGGUGAGGUAGGUUUAAAAGAUUUGGCGUUUUGUUGAAGAGCAGUAAAGAUGUUUCAUUUUAAUUAGGAAAACUGUAGUUCUCUAUCUAUCACACCCGUUUGCUGCCUGUUCCUCUUAGCUUGAGUUUUUCUUCCAUUUCAAGUGAUUUUUCGUCUACAUAUUGUCUGCCUUUUAGUUUACUUCAUUUAAAAUAUGUGUGUCCAACGACGCUCGAAUUGUGUUAAGGUAUUCGUUAAUCAAAUUAUCUAUCUUCUCAGUCGUCAAACACUCAACGCCACUGAUUCCGUUUAGUCUCGGAUGGUUAGUUUAAGGAUCAUUUUAAUUCAUGGUUCUAUCAAUUACUCCUACUUGUCUACCAGUGGAGAGAUAACACAGCAAACAAUCGAGAAAGAGAAAAAAUCAGAGCGAAAGGUCUAUAAUGGGUUCACAAAAUUAAUACUAAAAUUGCCUUAUGUACGUAGCAAAAAAUAUUUGUAGACUAAAGUUAGUAACGCAGUUGACCAAGGUGUGCUUCGUGUCUAGUAGAAGGAACGAUUUUGUCGUUAUGUUCAACAUGUAAGGAAUGUAUCAUGCGAUCAGGCAAGAGUGAAUUUAACAUUCACCAAACAACAAUUGUUAAGCUAGCCAUCCCAUUGG